AUGUCUACUAAACAAUUCUCUCAAAGGGCUCACGAAAGUGACGUUUUGGACGGUUUCAUUUUGGUACGGCCUGUAUGGGUUGACGAUGAGACAGUCAAAGUUUGCAAAGGCUGCGAAACGUCUUUUACUCCUCUAAGACGAAAACAUCAUUGUCGUCAAUGUGGGAACAUAUUCUGUCAAGAAUGUACUUCAAAAAACAUUGCAUUACCUCAAUUAGGUUAUUUAAAACCAGAACGCGUUUGUAGUGGAUGUUUUGAAAUUGCAUAUCUUGUUGGAUAUGUUAUUUCAAAUGACAAAUCGACCCAGACACACGGUGCUCGAGGGUUACUUGACAUUGUCGAACGCGGGAAUGAGCAAGAAAUAUUUUAUCUCAUCACUAAUGGUGGAUUAGACGCGUUAGUAUAUCUGUGCCGAGCCACUCAGUCAUGCGACCUUCAUUUAUUAGGAACAACAGCAUUGGCUAGCCUUGCUGGAAACGAAUCAUUUAAAUCUUACAUUAUUGCGAAAGGAAGUCUUCCACAUUUGUAUCAUCUCAUUCUGUUGUAUUAUAAUAAAACAGAAUCAGAAACAUUAGAUUUAUCAGAUACUUUAAAAUUUUUGGAUUCCGUUUCGAAUAUUAUUUUAAAUAUUGCGAAUAUAUUAUAUUACUUGUCAAUCUCAGGAUCUUUAUGCCAACAGAUGUUAACUGAUGAUAUAGCUUUGGAUGCUAUUCUAAAAUUGGCAGAUUUCCAACUAGGAACAUUAUACGAUGAUGAUUCAUCUGAAGAUGAUUCACUUCCUUCUUAUGAAGAAAUACGUCUUCGUAUUGAAUUAAUUCGUAGUCUUGCAUCAAAAACCAUUUCAUGCCUUUCUACAUAUCAUGGAUUGGAUCGUUUGAUGCGUUUAUUGCAUUCAAACAUUUAUGAAGUGCGGAAAUAUGCUGCAAAAUCAAUUGCAUACUUAUCGCUCAGAAACGACGGUCGUGCAGAAUUAUUGACAUCUGUAAUUAAUCUUGAAGAUGAACAACUGCUAAAAGAUAAUCAAGUAGCAAUAUCUCACGCUUGUUGCGCAAUGGCUAAUUUAGCAACAAAUGCUGAAUCACAGCAACUUUUGAUUCAUCAACCUUUAUUAUUAUCUAAUUUAUGUCGAAUGGUCGGUUAUUUUCUCACCGACAGAGAAAUACAGAGGCACGUAGCGAGAUUAUUGGCCAAUUUUGCAUUAUAUGAGGAAAACAAGGCGCGUAUGUUGUCAUAUCAAAUCAUAGCGAUUGAAGACCAUGAAACGAGCCAGACUGAAGAAUCUUGGGAAGGCGUCAUUCAAGCGCUUAUAGCUAUCGGUGAUUCUCCAGUAUCUGAUGUUGAAAUUCAACGCCAUAUUAUACGCGCGCUUGAUAACCUUUCGACGGAAGUCCCGUCAGUUUCACUAUCUAAACUCACACCUUGUAUUCCAUUAAUCAAUCGUAUAUUGGAUACUGUAAAAGAUGACGAUAUUAAAAAACGUGCCUCUCAUGUGUUGAAUAAAAUUGGUCCAUCGUUCAACGAUCUUGAUGAGUUUAUUAAUUCACAGAACUCUGAUCGUACAACAUCAACUGAUAUAUCUGUAGAUAUUCCUUCAAAUAAUCUCAUUAUUUUUGAUGACAAUGAGAAUUCACAAUCUGUACCAAAUGAAGAACAAAAUUCUUCCUCAGUAUAA